CCCAGAAUUAUUUUCUUUUAGCGGCGGAAGAACGUUAUUACAGUUCCGGUCCGCCUCUUCCGGUCCUCUUUCCUGCCUCCUUUCCAAGAUGACUAAGAAGAGAAGGAAUAACGGACGCGCCAAGAAGGGCCGCGGGCACGUUCAGCCUAUCCGCUGCACCAACUGUGCCCGGUGUGUACCCAAAGACAAGGCCAUCAAGAAGUUUGUGAUAAGGAACAUCGUUGAGGCUGCAGCUGUGAGAGACAUCUCGGAGGCUAGUGUAUUUGACUCCUAUGUGCUGCCCAAGCUCUACGUCAAGCUGCAUUAUUGCGUGAGCUGUGCCAUCCACAGUAAGGUGGUGAGGAACCGUUCUCGGGAGGCCCGUAAGGACCGAACACCACCUCCACGCUUUAGGCCCAGUGGUGCUGCUCCCAGAGCUCCUCCUAAGCCUAUGUGAGGACUGAAUCAAAAACUGUACAUUUAUGUGCAAAGAAAUAAAAUGAUCUGUUGAGAACA